UUCGGUUGAAUAACCAAGGAGGUGGUAAUUGCAGCUCUGUUAACUCAAUCGUUGCCUCACCACAGACAACACAUUCCAUUUUCGUAAUUGUAAAAAUGAGCGCGAAAGUGAACGCGGAUUUGUUGACAGAAAGAAAAAAAUGUGAAUUUAACGUUGAAGAAUUGACGAAUUAUUUAGAUGGAGGCGCUCAAGCGACGGAAAAUAGAAGGAAAUUGGAGGACAAAGUGCUCAGCACAAAAGGUCUUCUAGACGAGGUACCAGAAGAAUACCUCAGUCAUAAGGAGAAGUAUGAGAAUGCCGUGCGAAAAGCUGUUGUCUACUAUAAGGCGAUGAAGGAGGCUGAGGAUCCCAAUAUGACAGAGGAGGAGAGAGCCAACGCUACCUACCGAAGCCUGUUACAUGGUGCAGUGUUUAAGGACAACUCUCCGUUCUCCCUACAUCUUGCCAUGUUCAUACCAGCGAUAUUGGGACAGGCUGAUGAAGAACAGAAGAAAUACUGGAUGAAGAGAGCCAGUAAGAUGGAAAUUAUUGGAACAUAUGCACAGACGGAGUUGGGUCAUGGAACUUUUAUCCGUGGUCUAGAAACGACUGCUACUUACGAUACUCAGACUGAAGAAUUUGUCCUACAUAGUCCCACAUUAACUGCCUAUAAAUGGUGGCCGGGAAGCUUGGCACACACAGCAAAUUAUUGCGUGGUAAUGGCUCAUCUUUACAUCAAUGGUAAGAGCUGCGGUAUCCAGCCGUUCAUAGUUCAGCUAAGAGAUGAAGAGACCCACCAGCCCCUUCCAGGCAUCAAACUCGGGGAAAUCGGAGCCAAACUUGGCUUCAAUACAGUCAACAAUGGGUUCCUUGGUUUCGAUCAGCAUAGAAUCCCUAGGAAUAGGAUGCUGAUGAAGAAUGCACAAGUUUUGAAGGAUGGUACAUUCAGGAGAUCUCCAAACAGCAAGCUGACUUACGGCACAAUGGUCUACGUAAGAGUGGUUAUCGUCAACGGCAUGGCUAACCAACUGGCGAGGGCUGUCACGAUCGCCGUCAGAUAUUCUGCUGUAAGGAGACAGUCGGAGCUGAAGCCAGAUGCUGGUGAACCACAGAUUUUGGACUAUGUGACGCAACAACAUAAGCUUUUCAUCGGCAUAGCAUCGAGCCAUGCAUUCAGUCUGACUGCCAAGUGGCUCACCAGAAUGUACCAGAAGGUUACCGCCAAUCUUGAGAAAGGGAACCUGGAUGAAUUACCUGAGUUACACGCAAUAGCCUGCUGUCUCAAAGCAGUGACGACUUCAGACACUUCGGUUCUGGUGGAACGUAGUCGUACGUCGUGCGGUGGGCACGGGUACAUGUUAUCCUCCAAUAUGCCUCAAAUAUAUGGACUGGUGACCGCCGCCUGUACUUACGAGGGAGAGAACACCGUGCUUAUGCUACAGACGGCCAGAUCUCUAGUCAAAGCCUGGGAGCUAGCUCAAUCCGGAAAGCCUCUGAGUCCGACAAUGUCUUAUUUAUCUGAGAAGAUAAGCCAUAAGCAGAAAUGGGAGAAUUCCGUCGAUGGUAUUGUUAAAGGGUUCCGAAGAGUGGCCUACGGUAAAGUCCAAUCAGCAGUGAAUAGCAUUAGAAAAUAUGUUAGACGCGGUCUGGCUCCUGAGGACGCCUGGAACAUGUCAUCAGUGCAAUUGGUUGCUGCUUCUGAGGCCCACUGUCGAGCUUUCAUCCUGUCUACAUACAAGUCAGAAGUGGAAAGAACGGCCAGCACCUUAUCAGCACCUCUGAAGAAAGUAUUGAACCACUUGGUGGAAUUGUACGCCAUCUACUGGGCUUUGGAGAGAGUUGGAGAUCUGCUUCUGUACACAUCAAUAUCCGAAGCUGACAUCCGUCACCUGCAGGAAACGUAUGAAGACCUCCUCGGGAAGAUCAGACCUAACGCUGUGGGCCUGGUGGACGCAUUCGACUUCAGAGAUCAGAUUUUGAAUUCUACCCUGGGCGCGUACGACGGUCGCGUGUACGAACGCCUGAUGGAGGAAGCGCUGAAGAGUCCUCUGAACGCGGAGCCAGUCAACCAGAGCUUCCACAAGUACCUCAAGCCGUUCAUGCAGGGGAAACUGUGAUAUGUAGUUUAUACCUGAGAUUAUUACUUUG